GCCAAUCAGAGCUGUAGCUGUGAUGAUGAUGGAAGCACGUGAUCCCCAGUUUAUCCCGAGUUGCUGAGUGACCGGUCAGACCGCUCGCGGCAUCGCCAGAACCGCCCGAACUGGAGCAUUUCAAGGACAGUGAGACGUUAACAAAAUGAUCCAUCUCCCGAGAGACUGACUUCUUAAGGAUCACAUCCAAAGAGACUCAGACAUGGCUGUCGCCCUCCAUGCCCUGCUGACCCAUGCCCUGGUGGCUCUGUUCGGGAUGGGAUCGUGGGUGUCAGUAAACUCUCUGUGGGUGGAGCUCCCUGUUGUAGUGAAGGAGCUUCCAGAAGGCUGGAACCUCCCUGCGUUUCUGACCGUGCUCAUUGCUCUGGGUAAUCUUGGUCCGCUUGCAGUAACUGUGAGCCAUCGCGUAUGUCCUGGACGGAUUUCCGAGCCGUGGCUUAUCCGCUCUAUCUACGCCUUGAGCCUGGUGUCUGCCGGGUUCCUUGCCGUUUUCUGGGACAGACGUGUGCCUGUAGCAGGAGAGGAUCACAGUGUAGCCUACCUACUGUUGGCCUACCUACUGGCACUUGGCUGCUGUACGUCCAAUGUCACCUUUCUGCCUUUUAUGUACCAAUUCCCCCAGCAAUACAUCCGCAGUUUCUUCAUUGGCCAGGGCCUCAGUGCGCUCUUCCCCUGUGUGCUGGCUUUGGGUCAGGGAGUUGGACGACUCGAAUGCAGAAAUUCUACCUGGGGAAACAGUACAGACGCUCACUACAUGGAGGAAAAUUUCUCGGCCUCUGCCUACUUUUGGGGUCUGUUUUCUCUGCUUUUGGUCUCCACAGUGGCGUUUGUUGUCCUGCAGCUAUGGCAACAAAGUGACAAAAAACAAACAGAGCAACGGGAUGGAGCAGCCAAAACUCAGGAUGGAGAGAACUCUGAGGACUCGUACCCUCUACGGAGCAGUGACGAGGAGACGACACGAGGAGCUGACAAAGCUGUAGAGCAAAGCUUCUGGUCAAUGCGGAAUGUCUACCUGCUGGUUCUCCUAGGUGUUUCCAAUGCACUGACCAAUGGCAUCCUGCCUUCUGUACAGACCUACAGCUGUCUGCCGUACGGUGCCGAUGCCUAUCACCUGUCUGUGGUGCUGAGUAAUAUUGCCAACCCUGCUGCCUGCUUCAUCGCCAUGGUUUUACUCUGCAGGUCGUCCAUUGUUCUCGGGAUGAUCAUGGUGGCAGGUAUGAUAUUUGGUGGAUACCUGAUGGUGCUGGCUGCCCUCAGUCCUUGCCCUCCUCUUGUUGGAAGUACAGCUGGAAUUGUGCUUGUGGUUUUAUCCUGGUCACUCUUCCUUGGACUUUUCUCAUACCUCAAGGUUGUCAUUGGCAGCCUCCUGCAUGAGGCUGGACACAGUGCCCUCUUGUGGUGCGGAGGUAUAAUCCAAGCUGGGUCUCUGUUUGGGGCCCUGCUUAUGUUCCCAAUGGUAAGCAUUUACCACCUGUUUCACACAGGCAGAGACUGUCAGGAUAACUGCACUCAAUGAGGACGAGGCACACAGCACUGCUAAUCUAUGUGUUCACUCCACUCGGUGCCAGAGCUUCUCCUGAAUCACUUUCUCGUUGUUUUAAGUCUCAGGAUUCUUUUAUAUCAUGAAAAUAAAAUAUUUUUUAUCCAG